CAAUUCGAUGUUGCACAAUGUUAUAUUACAUGACCUAACCAAGGUGCAUUUGGUAAGAAAAACUACAGAAUCAUUGACUUGACGCCGUUUGUCCUAAAACAACAAGUUUUCCGAGAUGUACACAACAGCAGGACGGGUUUUCUCCAGCCUGACACGCGUGGCUUUAAUUCGAGGGAAAUUUGUUCAUAAUGCGACACCGACCGUUGGCAAAAUGAGCAGUAUGCAGUCCCUCGCUCUGAGCUCUCAGAAGUCGGCUGAGUCCAAAGAUGGCGCUGAGGAGGUGAACAGUGAGCCCAUCAAGUUUUCCACCAGUAAAGCCAGUCACAGAACUUGGAAAGUCAGACGCUCGCUGGGGAACAACCAGGACCGCUCCUGGAAGAAGGUCCUGCCCGUCAGCCUGGUGUUCACCGGCCUGCUGCUGUGGGCCGUUCUGAGAGACUCUGGUCUAGAGCUGGACGCCCCGCUGCACAAGCAUUUACCCAACGUGCUUUCAGACGAAAAGAAUAAAUCAAGUUAACAAAUGUGGGACUUGAGGUGUAUAUAUAUAUAUUCUGGCUAUAUUUAUUAACUGUAUUUCAAAAUGUAGCAGCAGCUUAUUGCUCUGAAAACAGAUUUAGCAUGGAUGCCGUCCAAUGCUACAGAGACUGAUUGUGACCAUGCUUUGCCUUUCGAUUUUCAGUUGUGGUUCAAUGUUUGCUUUAAUGUGAUUAAAAUGUGUGAUUCAA